AUGUAUUGUGUUCUUGUUUCGGUGGUUUGUCCCCAAGUGAAUGUUAGCUCUCUGCAUACAUUAAUGGCUAGACAUGGUGAAAAGAGGAGGUCCAGGUUGUGUUCUGCUACACGAAAUGGGUUGUCGGGGGCAUUGUGUUGUGCCAAUUCAAAGACAUGGAGAUCUUCGGAGGAGAGAGUGAAUGGAGUGAUACAGAAGCAAGUAGCUCUGGUGAAGGAGUUUAGGGGAGAGAGAAGUCUGGAUGUGAAACCAGCUCGACCCAAUGGUAUGAUCAAUAACGGGUCUCUCUUGAAUGAAGCUUAUGAUAGCUGUGCUAAACUCUGUGCUCAGACAGACUCCACGUUCUUCUUAUCAAUAUUACUCAUGACAAGAGACGCGCGAAGGGCUUUCUACGCAAUAAGUGUGUGGUGCAGAAGGACUGACGAAAUUGUGGAUGGACCUUACGCUUUAUAUGUUACACCCAAAGCUCUCGAUAGAUGGGAGGAGAGGCUAACUGAGGUUUUUGAAGGUUGUCCAAGUGAUAUAUAUGAUGUUGCUUUAUCUGAUACGAUCUCAAAAUAUCCUAUUGAUAUACAGCCCUUCAAGGACAUGAUUGAAGGAAUGAGGUUCGACUUGACAAAGACGAGAUACAAAAACUUUGAUGAGCUUUAUCUUUAUUGCUACUACGUUGCCGGAACAGUGGCAUUAAUGAGUAUUCCAGUUCUUGGGAUCGCACCAGAAUCGAACGCCUCAAUAGAGAGCAUAUAUAAAGCUGGAGUAGCCCUUGCCAUUGGUAAUCAGCUCACUAACAUACUUAGAGAUGUCGGAGAAGAUGCUAGGAGAGGAAGAGUAUACCUUCCACAAGACGAGCUUGCGCGUGCUGGCCUUUCCGAUGAUGAUAUAUUUAGGGGCGAAGUUACUGAUAAGUGGCGGAGUUUCAUGAGAGGACAAAUAAUCCGAGCUAGAAGUUUCUAUGAUGAGGCUGAGAAAGGAAUUGAGGAGUUUAACUCACCUAAUAGAUGGCCUGUGUGGGCAUCAAUGAUGCUAUAUCGACAAACUUUGGAUAUAAUUGAAGCCAAUGACUACAACAACUUCACAAAGCGGGCUCGUGUAGGAAAUCCAAAGAAACUUCUCUCUCUCUUCCAAUGGACAGUUUCGCGCCAAUUUUGGCCCUCCUCUUGA